AUGCCCAAGCGGAAGGAAGCCAGGUUUGCUCCAUCCGAUUCCACCGGGAACGUUCGAGCUGUGGAUAAUCUUACGAAGUUCGCCAGAUUAUUUCCUGCGAAGACUACUACAAGCAAGAGCGUGCUGAAGGCGUUAGAGCAACUUAUUCUUGAGAGGGACCUUCCCCGAAGAAUUAUCAGUGACCGGGGAACCUGCUUCGCUUCUCACGAGUUUGAAGAAUUUUGCCAGUCAAGGGGAGUACAGCACAUUCUCAACUCGUCCAGACAUUCUCAGGCAAAUGGACAAGUGGAACGCGUGAACCGCGUACUUGAGCCCAUCAUUUCAACUGCCAUCAAGAGGAGAGACCACAAGGACUGGGACGCUGAAAUCCCUAGCAUAGAGAGAGAUUUAAACAACGCAGUAUGCAAAACUACAGACAAGACACCGUUUGAAACAUUGCAUGGCUACUCGCUCAAUUUUUAUGACGGUAGACUACAUCAGUUAGCGGAUGAGAGGAAUGACGCGACGUGGAGCGACCCAAGGAAACUGCAAAAGCAGGCCAGGGAGAAAAUUUUGGAAGAACAAGAGCACAUGAAAGCACACUACGACAAGCGUCACUACAGAGCCACUGAAUAUCAAGUAGGAGAUAUUGUUGUCCUACAGCGUGCUCCUGAGAAGACAGGACAACCUACGAAAACGCAACAGAAGUAUCGAGGACCACUCGUCGUUACUCAGUGUAUUCCAGGAGGCACGUAUCGAGUGAUGGAUUUGAGAGAAGGCGGACGACAGCAUAGGUUCGCUACUACGGCACAUGUCUCGCAGAUGAAACCGUGGGGACACCGCGAGGACCCUUCUAUAGAAGAGGACGAAUCAAACGAAAGUGAUGAAGAAGAGGACGUAGAAUCCCCAGCGAGUCCUCCAAGGCGGUCACCUCGGAAACGCCGAGAGACAAACACCAACGUAUAA